AUCUUUCUUUACAAAGGUUAAGGUCGUUACAAUACACAGUUGCAAACUGCUGACAAAACAUGUCCGGGGAGUUUGAAAGCAUUGAGAAGUCGCUGGAAAAGCAUCUUCCUCCACAAGAAUUUGCAGAAGUGAGGAGAAUCUUGUUUGGAAAGGAGUUAAGGGCAUUAGACUUUUCUUCGGAGACUAGACAUCUUUCAGACAAGAAGAACUUUGAGCUGAAGGGCUAUGCCUUCACAGCAGCUGAGGAAAGCCUCCGAACAGCCCGAAUUGUUCGAGUCGGACUGAUUCAGAACAAAAUAGUUUUACCAACUACAGCACCCGUCCCACAACAGAUUGAGUCCCUUCAUCAAAGAAUAUCUGAGAUCAUUGAAGUGGCUGCUCAGUGUGGAGUCAAUGUUAUUUGUAUGCAAGAAGCAUGGACCAUGCCUUUUGCAUUUUGCACAAGGGAGAAGCAUCCAUGGUGUGAAUUUGCUGAGCCAGCAGAAACUGGAGCAACGACACGAUUAUUGCAGGAGCUGGCCAAGAAGUACAAUAUGGUCAUUGUGUCCCCCAUCUUAGAACGUGACGAGGAGCAUGGAGAUAUUCUAGCCAAUACCACAGUUGUGAUUUCUAACACUGGUAAAUACCUUGGAAAAUCCAGAAAGAACCACAUACCGCGUAUUGGUGAUUUCAAUGAGUCAACAUAUUACAUGGAGGGAAACACCGGGCACAAAGUUUUUCAGACACAGUUCGGAAGAAUUGGUAUAAAUAUCUGCUUCGGACGUCACCACCCCCAGAACUGGAUGAUGUACGGCGUCAAUGGAGCAGAAAUUGUCUUCAAUCCCUCGGCAACUGUCGGAGCCCUUAGUGAGCCCAUGUGGCCUAUUGAAGCUAGAAGUGCAGCCAUUGCAAACAGUUACUUUGCCUGUGCCAUUAACAGAGUGGGAACGGAGACUUUCCCAAAUGAAUUUUCAUCUGGCGAUGGGAAACCAGCACAUAAAGAUUUUGGUCAUUUCUAUGGGUCCAGCUAUGUGGCAGCUCCAGAUGGCAGUAGAACUCCUGGGUUAUCCAGGACAAAAGAUGGACUGUUGGUAGCUGAGCUGGACCUUAAUUUGUGUCGUCAGGUCAAGGACAGAUGGGGAUUUAGAAUGACACAGAGAUUAGACCUGUAUGCAGAAUCUCUAGCGAAAGCUGUGCAACCCGAUUUCAAGCCUGAUAUUGUGACUGAAAAAUGAGUUGUGAGGAAGUAAAUGGAACUGAUGAACAUUUCGGAGCCCAUUACAUUUAAGGUGGAUCACUACACCAAAAUUUUAUUUGAUGGCUCAUUAGAGAAUCUCAUAUGAAUCAUGAUUUCACCUUGAAAGGGUGAUGCAAGCUCUCAGUUAUUUGAUACGAAUAUUUUGUGUUUAUCCAGAAUAAUAAAAAAGGUGUUUUAUUUGCAAAUAAUUAAGAGUUCAAAUUUUGCUGUGAUUUGAUGCAUGAUAUAAAUAUUUACUAAAACAUGCCAAGAAGACUCAGAUAAUGGUAAAUGUUCUAAUUUUUUAAAUAAAAAAUAUUUAUGAAAAUAAAAAAACAGUUUUUGUUAAUAUUUUUUAAAUCUGUGACUAAAAUCUUCAAGAGGCAUGUGAAUUAGAAGGACAAAAAGAUGUAUAAGACAAAUAUAUUUUAUGAAGAAAUUGAAAUGGACAAAAUUCAGAAAUACUUGUGUAUUGUGAUUUUGUAAAAUUUGAACCAACAAGCCAUGAAAUAAAAUUUUGGUGUAGCGAUCUUAAACAGUCCCUUGGAACAUAUCCCACAUAUUUUGUUUAUUUUUAUGUAAUUUCAGUUGUAUGCGAAAUGUUACACCCUAUAGAUUUGGACAACCACCCCUACCCUGGAAACUUGGCAGGUGGACCUGCCUUUUAAAAAUUUCUAGAUUCACAUCUACAAAUGUUAUUGCAUAUGCUCAUGUAGCCAGAAUAUGAAUGUAAAGACGGGUAUAUUUGUUCAAUUUUGAAUUCUUUUGCUAGUAAUUUAGUAAAACUGUAUUAAGCUAGUACCCAGGUCGUAUGUAAUAAGAACAAUUAUAUACUACGUAUGUAUUUGAUAUAACUGUACUCAAUCUAGUCAUUUUUCAUAGUGCUCAUAGUUACUGGUUAAUAAGACAAUGUGAAAUAUAAAUGUGUUUGCAUAUUUAUGAAGAGUAUGAAUAUUGACCUUCAUAUACACAACAUUUGAUUGUCAAUAAAACAACAAAGGCAUGAAAAUUUA